AUGCCCUUUCGAGCGCUGCGUGCUCGACUACGCCGGCCCAUUCCAUCCAGCACGGCCAGUUUCCUAGGAGCCCUCACGAGGUUCGUUGGCAGGUACGGCCGUCUCACGGAGAUCUGGAUCAACAACGGCACCAAUUUUCGCGGUGCUAACCAUGAGCUCCAGCGAUUGCUGAAGGCCGCUGAGAUGGAUUGGGAACUCAUCAAAGGACACCUUGCCCUCGAGGGCACAGUCUGCAAUUUCAUCUUGCCUUCUGCCCCACACUUCGGUGGCCUGUGGGAGGCCGGCGUCAAGUCAACUAAAAUGCAUCUCCGCCGUGUCGCCGGCCCCUGGCGACUCACCUACGAAGAGUUCUCGACGCUCUUGGUUUCGGUGGAGGCUGUCCUCAACAGCAGACCCCUCGCUCCGCCAUCCGGCGAUUUAAGCGAUCUUGAUGCGCUCACACCAAGUCACUUCCUCAUCGGCACCUCGAACACCUCUCUCCCCCAGCCUGCCGAUCCUACUGUCAAUCUAGAGCAUUCCACGCACUGGGACCUAGUCAAUGGGAUGCGAGAUCAUUAUUGA